AUGCUGCGUCGCCGGAUAAUGAUUCCCGCGAUGGCAUAUGCCGUGCCAUCCAUGCGAACACCGCAACGCCGCUUUACCGACAAAGUUGUUCUGGGCACAUGCUCUGCACUCUCUACAAGCACAACCAUAUUGGCCAUCUUCCACCUGCUUGUAACGCCUGUCAGUGGAACCAUUGCGGCAGCGACUCUGUCAGCCUCAGCAGUGAGUGGUGCCCUCGUCAUUCUGGAGGGCGACAGCAGCACAAGUGGCACAGCCUUCGGUGCUGUCCUCGGUGUCGUCUUCGGUGGUAUUGGCGGGUAUUAUGCGAAGUCGUCUAAGGAACCUUGGCGCAAAUGA